AUGCCUUCACUGUCAGGGAUUGGAGGGACUAUUUUCUGUCUCCUUUUUCUCUGGAAGAGAACAGAAGCUCAAAGUGAAGAGGUGCGAUGCUCUGUGGCUGGUCCAGUGGGGGUGCUACACCCUGUUCAGGGUCUGCUUGAGACGUUUGAGGCAGGUCCAGGCUGUGCUGCAAGAGAACGUGGGAACAAGGAGACUCAUGUCAUUGCACUAGGGAGAGUGACAAACAGCCCUGACAACAAGGUGACUGUGUUGCUGAAGCCUUUGUCUCUGUCCCAUUCACCUCUCAGAGCUCUCCACCUGCUGCUCAGUUCCAAGCUCCCAGUCAACUGGUGGCUGGAGGCUGAGAGACUGCCCCCCAGCCUGCCAGUGCUGGUGCAGGUAUCCUCAAACUCCAGCGUACAGUCCCACACACUGCGUUUGACUGUCCAAACAGUGCAUUUGUUACCUUUUCGCCUACGUGCACUGCACCGUUGGGCUCUGAAACACCACGGCAACCUGUCCUCUCUAACACACACAACACAUGGCAACCGAGUCUAUGUCCGACUUGGAGAGGAUCCAACCCUACCUGCUGUGUGCCAGCUACAGUCCAUGUUCCUGUCUCACAACUACUUGACCUCUGACCUGCAGCCACAGGAAGUGCAGGGCUGUGUCCACACUCCAGCAGGUGGGAUCAGCCCUGAAGUCCAUGUGAUCAAGCUCCAUUCAGCAGGAUCAGGGCUCUGUGGCUCUCUGCAGGUAGAGGUGAUUGUCUCUCUUGUGCCCGCCGUAGACAACUCAAAGGCACAGAAGGUUGCACUUAUUCUCAGCAGCUCACUGCCAGUCAACUGGGCUAUUAUUGCUCAUGGUGUCAGGGGUCAUAUUUCUGUUCAUUCCUCCAACAGUGUGUCCCCACCCUACCCUCCUGAGCCAGACCUGACCCUUUCCAGUACACUUAACCCUGACCUGUCCACCAUAUCUGACCUUCUUGUCUGGGCAAGUGAGAGCGGCUACACCAAGGUGACCUCAUACACUGAGGCUGACCUGGCCAAUCGCUUUGUGAUCCAGCUGGCUGGGGGCGGGACAGAUGGGCUUGCAGUGAUGAAUCCUCUGGUUGUGAGGCCUCCCUGGGCUGAGGAGCACAGGCUGAGACAGUGGCUGAAUAGUGGAGGCAGAGCAGGAGGAGACCAAGAGAGUUUCACAGUGCAGUGUGAGGAUGGACGUCUCAGCGUGACCGUCGACCAACACAUCCUGCAGAGCAUGUCUGGCCCAGUGGCUGUUGUGACUCUGCAGGACCCGACAUGCCAGGCUCAGUCCAAUGGGAGCCAUUUCCUGUUGGUGUUCCCAGUCAUUUCCUGUGGGACUGAGGGUCUGCUCCUGGGACAGCCCAGAGGGGUGCAGUACAAAAACAUGAUGUUAUUAUGGAGAGACAAGCCUCAGAUCAUUCUGGCACUUAAUAAGAGGGAGUCCAAAAGUCCUCUUGGCAUACAUUUUAGCUGUUUAGCUGCUGUUCCCAGCACCUCUGGCCCUGCUGCAGAUAAUUUUGAUGAAGUAAACACUCCUCAGACUGGGCUCUUCCCCUGGGCACCAGGGGAUCCAGGGCCCAGUCCAGGACUAAGCCACUUCCCAACACCCAGACACAGAUCUGGACCUGUAUUCAUUUUAAGACUUUUUGUCACUGAGAAUUAUGAGCAGAGGCGGAUUGGCCCCUGUGUCAUCACUGCAGACCACCGUGUCUAUGUUGAGAUUUCAGCCAAAGGGCCCCUCACAGAUGUCGUGGAGGUGAAGUCAUGUGUGGUCUCCCCACUGUCAGACCCAAAAAAAUCUCCUUUCUGGACUGUCAUAAGUGAGGGCUGUUCCUCAGACCCCUCACUGACCCUCAGCACAAAGACAGCAGAUGAAGAGGAGGAAGAGGCUGAAGGUAAUGGCGAACUGGAAGAGGAAAAGAAAGAUAUAGAGGGGAUGCAGAAAGGCGGAAUUUAUCACAGAGAUGGAGAUGUCUCACUACGACACAAAGUUGAAAGAAGAAGAGAAGCACCUGUAAGGAUGGAAAAGAGUAGCACAAGCAUGGGAGCAGAGGAGAUACAGCGCUUGAGAUUUAGUUUUAUCCUGCGGCCAGUUCAUAAUGACUCUAUGCAGUUCCUCCACUGCAGCCUUCACAUGUGUGUCUCUGACUCUACCAGAAGAGAACCCAUUAAGGAAACAGCAAAGAAUGACUGUCAGGGCAGACUGCGUAUUCCACCACUUGUAUCUAAGUCACCCAGACAUCAGUGUGAGAUCAGAAACCUGUCCAGGCCUAUGGUUGUCACCCAGUCUAUCAGUUCACUGGCACCUAAACUGCUGAGGCCCCCUGCUGGGCAAAGACCUAAAAGACUGAGUGUCUUUCCACUGGCCAGUCCAGAUCCAAAGCACAGCAGCUCUGUGGUGCAGUCAGGACCAGUGAUGGGAAUUGUCUUUGCAGCCUUUGUGAUGGGUGUCAGCCUGAUGGGUGGGCUGUGGUGCAUCUAUAAUUUUACAGCUGAACAUCCAACAUUACUUGGAGGAGAAGGUCAUUUAACUGACCAGACUCAUGGAGGCCACAACACCUUGAAUCCACCUCUACUGUCGGAUCAGUCCUCCAGUUCGGUGUAGAGGAUUUCCUCCUGCAAAUCUGAAAAAUAAAAACUGGGACAGAGGUUCCAACAGCUUGUGUGUGAGCGAGCACAGCUGCCUGUGUGUGUGCAGAGCCAUGUUUGUGCAGUUCUUCUUGUGAGUAUCGUUCAUCGCUUUGCAGCAGAAAUGCAAGAAGACUGAAACCAUGUCAGAUGUUUGAUGCUGAGAGCCAUUCUACAUCAAGUCAUUUCAAAACUGGCAUUGAAUCGCCACAUGAAGAGACAUUUAUCUGGAUUCAUCAGGAUCUAAACUUGGUUGGAGUGACUCAAACAGAAACCAAAUCAUCACUGCCUUUAGAGACAGAACACAAGGUCAAACAGGAUUUGAGAGGUUACUGUGUAUGCCUGUUUGAAGAGUGUGUUUUACAGAGUCAUUUUCCCUAUUUGUAUUGUAACUGUGAAUUAGCUAGAUAUCAAACCUGCAUCUAUCUGUAUGUGAAUUCUUUUGUGUUUAUG